AUGUUUGGUAGCUCAAAUCAAAGCACUUUUGGACAGAGUGCGGGAACGAGCGGCUUUGGGCAGCCAAAUCAAUCAUCGUUAUUUGGAACUAACACACAGACACCUGCCUUUGGCGGCUUUGGAGCGGGAACGUCAGCUUCUACAGGCACGGGCGGUUUUGGAGGCUUCGGCGUUCAAAGUCAGACAGCGUCCACUUUUGGGUUCGGAGCUCCUGCAUCAAAUCCAAGCGGUGGUUUGUUCGGAACGCCAACAGUAACUCCUUUCGGUGGUACGGGGACAUCCACUGCAACACCAAGUCCACCUCCUAACGGCACAGCGAAUCCAUCUUAUACGACAACAAGCGAAAAAGAUCCUGCUGGAACUUUGAACAUUUUCCAUAGUAUCAGUGCGAUGCCUGCGUACAGAAACUUCUCUUUUGAGGAACUUCGACUACAAGAUUACCAAUUAAAUCGGAAACCACUUGCUAAUGGAUCUAAUUUUGGUGGGAUUGGUGGAGUAACGCCAUCCUUUGGGGCUACAAGCACACCAAAUGCGUUCGGUGCCGCACCUGGUGGAUUUGGCAGUGCUUUUGGUACUAAAUCAACGCAGCCCUCUCAGCCAUUUGCAUUUGGCGGUGGUGCUACAGCUACUCCCGCCCCUGGAGGGUUUGGUGGUUCAUCGCAAAUAUUUGGUGCAUCAAAACCUUUCGGUGCACCAACAGCGGGAUUUGGUAACACACCAGCUGCUGGAGGGAGUGGAUUUGGAAGCGCAAUAGGUGGAAUAGGUGGGAGCAGCCUUUUCGGUGCAACAUCUACGCCAGCUACACCUACUUUUGGAGCAAAGACUACAACUACAGCGCCCGCAUUUGGACAAGCCAAUGUAGGUGGAGGAUUCGCAAGCGGGGGAACUUUGGAUAUCAAAUUAGGACCCAAAACUACUACUGCGGCUAGCGGAUUUAGCAUACAACCUACAACGACACUAGCUUUUGGCGGAUUCGGAGCAACGACAAGUGCACCUCCUUUGAACUUAUUUAGUACUUCUAAACCUUCUUUUGGUUUUAAUACUCAAAGCACAGCCGGUGGUGUUUUCGGAGGUGUCGCACCUGCUACGUCAAAUACAACUAGCAACUUGUUCGGUAAUUUCGGCGCAACUACGAGUGCACCUACAGGAAACCUAGGGAUGGGGCUAUUUAACAACAAACCAACAGUACCUAGUAUUAAUCUUGGAGCCACUACUCAGACACAACCUUCAAGUUUUAACCUUGGUGUACCUAGCAUGGGAUUUGGUACCGCCUCCGUAUCUGCGCCUUUUGGACAAACUGGUCAAACCCAAGGAUUAGAAGCUAGUGUUGACAAGUCACCAUAUGGUGACAUUCCAGUUUAUCAGAUGACAUCAUCAAUGCCUACUAAACCGACAGUAACCGCUACCCCCCUUGCAUCAAGUCCCACAAAAAAGAAAUCCAUUACCACUUCUCAUAAAGUCACACCAAGACCAACCACAAAACUCAAACCGUUUAUACUUUCAUCUCCGCCUACUAAUCAAGGUUACAGGCCAGAAGUAAAACCAUUGCACCUAUUUGAAUCUGUGAGUCAGGAUGAUAUAUUAAGUCCAGACGCAUUUACAAGACGGAAUCCUAGAAAACUAGUUUUAGAUCAUUCUGUUGAGCCACAGGAGUUAUUGCCCGAACCUGAUACUCGGGCUGGAGCGUCAAAUGAAGGGCAAACACCAAUCAAAAAAUCUUUACCCUUCGACUCCAGACUUGAGUCGGGUGCUGAUACUAUAUCUCAUUCAUUUAGUCCAAAAAAUAAUAGACCCAUAGAUGUAUCUAGUAGCUCCACGAUUGCAACUCCAACGAAAAUAUCAAAAACACCGUUAACAUCAUCUAAUGGAUCAACUAAAGAGGAGGAGAUAUUUUCAUCGCCAAUUCUUGAUAGUGAAUAUUAUUCCACUCCAACAAUUAAAGAUCUCAAGGAAAUGAGCCCAGAGCAUUUAAAAUCAGUUAGUGGUUUUCUAGUGGGAAGAAAAGGCUAUGGUGCCAUCGAAUAUCCUGACCCAGUUGAUCUUAGUGAAAUCAAUCCAAUUGAAGAUAUUCUGGGGAAAAUUAUUAAAUUCGAGUCACAACACUGCACCGUCUAUGGUAAUGAUUAUAGCAAACCACCUCCAGGGCAAGGACUCAAUAAACCUGCAAUAAUCUCGUUGACAAAUUGCUGGGCUUUGGAUAAAAGUAAUCGACAACCGAUUACUGAACCGGAAGAUCCCCGAUAUCAACAACGUAUUGAAAGAUUAAAAAGGGUUGAUGGUACAAAGUUCAUUACCUUCGUGCCUGCAACCGGUACCUGGGUAUUCCAAGUAGAACAUUUUACUACAUACGGUCUUAUUUUUGAUGAUCCUGAAGACCAAUUUGAAGAAAAACGGUUUCAAUUUCCUGUAGUACUUCCUGUCACUGAAGGGGAUGAAACAAAACCUCUAUCUCAAUCACGAAAAGGAAAAGAAAAAGAACACGAUAUUGAUAAACUUAGUCCAGUGAUUAAUUUUUCAGAAGCCUUGGGUCAUGAUCCUGACGUUAUCAGUGAAAUGCAAAACUUCAUAUUUCAUAGCGAAGAUAUUAUGUCAAUGGAUACUACUAUAGACAAUGAAGAAUUUGAAGAUUCUCGCAAACGUAGUUUGGGAAGUUAUGAGGAUCAGAAUGCCAUGCAAGUUGAGGAACGACCUAUUGUGGAGUCACGUAAGUCGUUUUCCACGGCGGUAGAGAUACCUCAACGGGAUGUAGUUAUUCCAAUGCCUAGCAAGUAUCGUAGGAUUGUUGAUUAUAAUGAUUCCGUUGUAUUUGGAAAAAAUUAUUGCAAAGAAGAUUCAGGACUUGUAAUGGGAAGGUCUUUUAGAGUAGGAUGGGGUCCUAACGGAAUUCUCGUUCGCUGCAGUAAAGUAUGUGGGAUUUCAAAUGUAAUAUCAGCUUUCUCUCCAAAAGGCAAGAAUACUGGCUUAAGUAAAAAUACUGGAAUGCCUUCAAUAAUUCAAUUUGAACAACUUCGAAUGUUCGCUGAUACGGAGGAUAAGGAAAAAAGAAAACACAAUAGAUUAAUGGAAUUUAUUUUCGAAAACUCAACUAUUGGGCAAGACAAUGGAAUACCCUAUGUUGAUACCGCUAAGGUUAAUUUUAAAAAUAUAAUAGACGCUUUUCAAAAUGAAGACAUUCACCGACAUGAAAAAUUGAUUUGGGAACUUGGACACGCUUUAUGGGAUGACCUCACAAUUCCUGGUGCAGAUCAGACAGCUUCGGAAGUUGUAGAAAAAAUCGCACUUGAAAAGCGUAAAGAACGAAUUUCGAAGUGGUUCAAGGAUGCCGUUUCACUUCAUGCUAUAGCACACAUUAAGCGUGCCAAUAAUGCACCAGAGACCAUUUUCGGUUGUCUUAGCAGUAAAGAUAUAAUGAAAGCUUCAAAAGUGGCAAUUAAAGAACGCUAUUUCCGUUUAGCGACAUUAUUGUCCCAACUAUGCGGUAGCGAUAAAUUUUUUAGAAAACAUCUUGAAGAUCAAAUCGAACAUUGGAAGCAGACUGGAGUAGAUAAGCUUAUAUCUAAGGACAUUUGGAAGCUUUAUGAAAUAAUGGUUGGGAAUGUAAGAUCGUCGAUAUAUGGAUUGGAAUGGAAACGUGCUCUUUGUAUGCAUAUGUGGUAUGGUCGUUAUUCAGAUGAACCAUUUGAUAAGGCUUUUGCUGAUUACGAGGAUGCUCGAAAAUUACCAGGCAUUGCAAAACCUUUACCGUGGUACAAAGAUGAAAUAUAUCCAAAACCUCUUGUAUCUUGGCCUGUUUCGGAUAAUGAAGAUAUUUUUGAUGUUCAUUAUCAUCUUUUAAAACUUUCUGUCGAUUCAACCCAUCUACUCGAUGAUGUAUUACUCCCAUUGUCUAUUUCACCUUCGCCUUUAGAUUACCGCGUGACAUGGUUAUUACACUUCAUGCUCGCUCGUACGUUAACUGUGCGAGACUUUGUAGGCAAAGGUCUGACUGCUGAUCGUGUGACAUUGAAUCUUGUUAACCAAUUGGAACUGUUAGGAUUGCAUAAAUGGACUCUUUUUGUCGCUUUGUUCAUAAAUGAGCCUUGCAGUCGAAAAACCGUAAUUUGUGAAAUAUUGAAUCGUUUGAUGUCGUCUAUUUCUUCAGAAUGCCUGCGAGAUAUUGAAAAGUUUGCUAAUGAUCAAUUAAAGAUAAAUCAACAAUGGGUCGAUCAAGCUAAGGCUUUAUAUUCAAAAUACAGAGAUAAUACUGAUGAAGAAGCAACGUAUUUGUUAAAGGCUGGGAAUAACGUUGAUGCUCAUAAAAUAGUCAUAUCAAAAAUUGCACCAGAAAGUAUUUUACAUAAAAGGCAUAAAAAAUUGCAAGAAUUACUCGAAAAAAUUGACCCAAAUUCUGUUCCUGAUUGGGAUUUGGAUUAUAUUACUUUUAUUGAAUCGGUACGUAUUGAAGAUAUAGAAAAUAACCCCGCCUACCGGACUAAUCUUAUGGGAAUCUGCCAAAGUAUUCUAAGUGGUCUCGCGAAAAUGAAGCCCAUCGACCUUCAAUACAAAAAGUGUAUCACCUACAUGAGCUAUUCAACGAAAUCUGUUCUUAACCAUAUAGAAGGGUGUGAUAUAAAUAACAUGAGAUAUAAAUCAGAUGACAUAAUUAGUAUAGAAAUUUGA